UGGGACGUGGGUGUGAUCUCCAUCAGCCGCCCGCUGACCUCUGACAGCAAACACGGAAGCAGCAUGGCGUCAAACAGCAGCAGCGCACAGCAGAGACUCAGGAUCAUAGCCGGACAUUUGCAGAAACGGCCAGAAGAUGAAAACGCGAGCGUCGCUACGCAGGAGUGCAAAGCCGAGGCGCCCCGGUCCGAGCCGAGCAGCGCGACACCGGUACCGAGGAGGAGACAGGAGAUCAUGAAGUGGAAUGGCUGGGGUUACAGUGACUCGAGGUUCCUCUUCAAUAAAAAGGGUCAAGCAGAGUUCACAGGGAAACGGUAUCGGUUGAGUGGGCUGAUUUUGCCAAGUCUGAAGGACUGGUUUGAGGGCACGUUUGGUGCCAAUUUACAGCACAGAUCUCCUGCGACACCCAGUCUGAAUUUAAGUGCAGUUGCUCCUCCUAACCUGAACCAGCCCUUCGUCGAGGAUCUGAAAGCUGCGGGUCUGGCCGUGUCACAUGACCCAGAGGACCGGGUUUUCCGAGCUCAUGGUCACUGCCUGCAUGAGGUCUUUGCCCUGCGCGAGGGGAGGAUAGGACGGGUGCCCGACAUGGUGGUUUGGCCGAGCUGUCACAGUGAUGUGGAGAAGAUUGUGGAGCUGGCCUGCAAACACAACGUCUGCUUGAUACCAUAUGGAGGUGGGACGAGUGUGUCCAGUGCGCUAGAGUGCCCUCGUGAGGAGACUCGCUCCAUUGUCUCUUUGGACACAUCUCAGAUGAGCCGGAUAUUGUGGAUUGACGAGAAGAAUCUAACAGCUCAUGUGGAGGCUGGGAUCAUUGGACAGGAUCUGGAGAGACAGUUGAAUGAGCGUGGUUACUGUACGGGCCACGAGCCGGACUCUAUGGAGUUCAGUUCUCUGGGCGGCUGGGUGGCCACACGGGCGUCAGGCAUGAAGAAAAACAUCUACGGCAACAUUGAGGACCUGGUGGUGCAUAUAAAGAUGGUGACCCCUAGAGGAGUGAUUGAGAAGAGCUGUCUGGGGCCCCGCAUGUCCACCGGCCCCGACAUACAUCACUUCAUACUGGGCUCAGAGGGAACUCUGGGAGUGGUGACUGAAGUGACACUGAAGAUCCGACCCAUUCCUGAGUAUCAGAAGUACGGCUCCGUUGUCUUCCCAAACUUCCAGCAGGGUGUGGCGUGCCUGAGAGAGGUGGCCAGACAGAGAUGCGCUCCAGCAUCCAUUCGGCUAAUGGACAAUGAGCAAUUUCAGUUUGGAUACCGCUCUCAGUUUAAAGGCUUCGACCCGCAGCACCUGUGUGUCGCGACGCUGUUAUUUGAAGGGGAUCGUGGGAAGGUUUUGCAGCACGAGAAACAGGUUUACGACAUCGCAGCCAAAUUCGGGGGUCUGGCAGCAGGAGAGGAUAACGGUCAGAGGGGUUACAUGCUGACGUUUGUCAUCGCGUAUCUGCGGGAUUUGGGAAUGGACUACUAUGUGAUCGGAGAGUCGUUUGAGACAUCUGUGCCUUGGGACAGGGUUUUGGACUUGUGCAGGAAUGUGAAGGAGAGGAUUGUAAGAGAGUGUAAGGAGAGAGGAGUACAGUGCCCUCCGCUCUCCACAAGCAGAGUUACACAGACGUAUGAUGCAGGUGCUUGUGUGUAUUUCUAUUUUGCCUUUAAUUACCGGGGUCUGAGUGAUCCAGUUCACGUCUAUGAACAAGUGGAGCAUGCAGCCCGGGAGGAGAUUCUAGCCAAUGGAGGAAGUCUGUCUCACCACCACGGAGUGGGAAAACUCCGGAAGGAAUGGAUGAAAGAGAGCGUGUCUGGCGUGGGGCUCGGCAUGCUCAAGUCGGUGAAGGAGUAUGUGGACCCUCAGAACAUUUUUGGCAACAGAAACCUGUUGUAAUUCACUAACACUCUGUAUUCAUGCGUUUUCUAUUAUUUUCCAGUCAUAUUUGAUUUAAACUUCAUAUUCCUGUGUUUCUUGGUGUGUGUGCACAGCAAGUCGAUAAACCGUUCCUGUUUCCCAUUAACACCAUCCUCUUGCGUUAUUGUCACCUUUGACCUCAUCUGUAGUGAGGUGGCAGGACUGGAGCUCCUCUUCGAUCACGUGACUUCAGUUCUCGCCGGUCUUCCCAUUGCUCUUCUGAUUGAACAGGUUUUUGAUACUGUAACGUCUGGAUGCUUCUGUGUCUGGCACUACUGUUGUGUUUGGGACAUUAGCAGUGAUUGAAUUAUGCUUUUUAAAGCAGUGUGCCUUCUGUCCGUCCGUCUUACACUCCUCUUUCUGAGUGGCUAAAUGUUUACUGUCUCUUUGAUCCUCUCUUGCUUACUGUACUUUUGCCUUUUCUAUUCGUCUGUCAAACUAGGUGUACGAUAAUUUUUGGGUCAAUCUCAUGAAAAAAAAUUCUUAUUUGUAU